GUGAAAUGAAAUGAUUCUAACCGCUUAUUUCAUCAUCUCCUUUGAUUAGAUAAGCCUUCUUUCACAGUUCCGCUACGCCACUGCUCUCACCGGCGGCACGGCCCACUCCGGCCACUGAUUCCCUUCAUUCGACUGCCGGCUCCAAGGAAGUUCCAUCCUUUGGUUUUCAAUUUUUAAGGUGUUCAGUACAUUCUUGAAUUUAAAAGAGUGCAGAAGAAAUGAUGUCUUUGCAGAAGUUUCAGACAAACCAUCAUUCAUGUUUUCCAUGUGCAUCCCAUCAGCUGGGAAUAUCUAGAAAUCUGCGUAGUCCUAAGCAUGCGUCGUUCAUUGUCAGAUCAGAGCAAAUCCCAUCGGCUUUAGCAUCUUCUUCCACAGGAAAGAUCAUAGUUUCCAUUCCUAUUACCUAACAAUCUUUAAUCUUAUAUGCUAACCUAAUCUUUCUUCUCACUUGUCUACAUUCCACUUGAGUUGUAAAUAACACAGAAUUUGAGCAACUGUUAAAUUCUUGGUGUUUGUGAUCUACAGAUCAACCUCAAAGGCGCCAACUACUUGCCUUAGGAGCAUUUAUUUGCCCCUUGUUGAUUUCUAUGCAAACUAAAACGUCUUUUGCUGCAGAAACUAAAACUAAGGGAUUUCUGUCUGUGACUGACAAUAAGGAUGGAUACUCUUUUCUCUAUCCCUUUGGGUGGCAGGAAGUAGUUGUUGAAGGACAGGACAAAGUUUUCAAAGAUGUUGUCGAACCACUAGAGAAUGUGAGUAUAAAUGUGAUCCCCACUACCAAACAAAAUAUUCGAGACUUUGGUUCCCCAGAACAGGUUGCUGAAACUUUGCUAAAGGAGGUUCUGGCUUCAUCUUCUCAGAAGACAAAGCUCCUUGAAGUCACAGAGCGUGAUGCAGAGGGGAAAACAUACUAUGCCUUUGAGUUUAUUACGCAAGCUCCUAAUUUCACACGCCAUGCACUUGCUUCAGUUUGCAUUGGCAAUGGAAAGUUUUACACUUUGACAACGGGGGCGAAUGAGAGGAGAUGGCAGAAGAUGAAGGAUAGACUGCACACUGUGGUAAACUCCUUCCAAAUUUUCAAUGUCUGAUUCGUCUUGUUUCUUCAUCAUUGUUGUGCACCCCCCCCCCCACCCCAAAUUUCAUAAGAAAUUACAUGACAUCAGAGGCGUUGCUCUGUUAUCAAUUUUACAUAUGAGCUUGGGAAUAUUUGUUCAGAGAACCCCAAAUCUCACAUUUUUUUUACAUGGAGUUAGAACCAACAAUUCUCUUCUCCAAUUAUAACAAUUGUUUUAUCUUAAUCUUGAUAUAUAAUCCCAACAAUAUGAUUCGUAGUUUAGUUUUAAUUUUUGUUGUAUUUUAGAAAACCAAUUCAUAACGCAAAAAAGAAAGUUACAAAAGGCCAUCAAGUAAGGGCCGCACUGUUGCUCUACAGAAAGGGC